AAUAACAUCCAGUCAGUGACGAUCCUUACUCCUCGCAGUACGUUGUGUUUGUCUAUUUGUUACUGUUAAAAUAAUCACUGUAUGAAGAAAGUUGCAAUUAUUUCGUCGUAUUUGGUGUAAUUUUAUUUUAAAAAUCUCGUUGGUCGAUUAAUAAAUAUCAACGUUAUUGUAAAACCGUUCGUAUGUGUUAAAGAAUCAUGUCGUGUUGAGUGAUUAUUGCGUAUUGAUUCGAAUGAAUUGAAAUAACUGUUACUGCCACCCGCCUCUAACAUGGCUGGAAAUCCAGGUUUAGAGCAGUUAAUUCCUAUCGUCAACAAAUUACAAGAUGCAUUCACCCAGCUCGGGGUGCAUAUGCAAUUGGACCUGCCCCAGAUUGCCGUCGUUGGUGGUCAAAGUGCUGGAAAAAGUUCGGUAUUAGAAAACUUCGUUGGCAGGGAUUUUCUACCUCGUGGUUCUGGAAUAGUCACCAGAAGACCUUUGAUUUUGCAAUUGAUCCAAAGCACAGUCGAAUAUGGAGAAUUCUUACACUGCAAAGGUAAAAAAUUCAUGGACUUUGACGAAAUCAGGAGAGAAAUCGAAGCCGAAACUGACAGAGUUACCGGAAAUAAUAAAGGAAUUUCCAAUAUUCCCAUCAACUUGAGAGUAUACUCGCCCAAUGUAUUGAACAUAACGUUGAUCGAUUUACCCGGCUUGACCAAAGUACCAGUUGGUGACCAACCGGUGGAUAUCGAAGUACAAAUUAAAGACAUGCUGUUCCAAUUCAUCACCAAAGAAACGUGUCUGAUUUUGGCGGUAACACCGGCCAAUACAGACUUGGCUACCUCGGACGCUCUGCAAAUCGCCAAACAAGUCGAUCCCGACGGCGUUCGAACGAUCGGCGUUAUUACGAAAUUAGAUUUAAUGGACGAAGGAACAGAUGCUCGUGAAAUUUUAGAAAAUAAACUGUUACCUUUACGCAGAGGCUACGUAGGCGUUGUGAAUAGAAGUCAAAAAGAUAUCGAUGGACGUAAAGACAUCAAAGCAGCUUUGGCAGCCGAAAGAAAAUUUUUCCUCAGUCAUCCAGCUUAUCGACAUUUGGCGGAUAAAUUAGGAACACCAUAUCUACAAAGAGUAUUAAAUCAACAGUUAACCAAUCACAUUCGAGAUACGUUACCCGGUCUUAGGGACAAGUUGCAAAAACAAUUACUAACCCUAGAAAAAGAUGUAGAUCAAUUCAAAUACUUCAGACCAGAUGAUCCGGCGGUGAAAACGAAAGCUAUGCUACAGAUGAUUCAACAAUUGCAAUCGGAUUUCGAAAGAACAAUCGAAGGCUCCGGUUCGGCGCAAAUCAACACUAACGAACUUUCCGGUGGUGCUAAAAUCAAUCGCAUAUUCCACGAACGUUUCCCGUUCGAAAUUGUCAAAAUGGAAUUCGACGAGAAAGAGUUACGCAGAGAAAUCGCAUUCGCUAUUCGAAACAUUCACGGUAUCAGAGUCGGCUUGUUCACUCCCGAUAUGGCCUUCGAAGCUAUCGUCAAAAAGCAAAUACAAAGACUCAAAGAACCCAGUUUAAAAUGCGUCGAUUUAGUCGUAUCCGAGUUAUGCAACGUGGUACGCGUUUGCACCGAUAAAAUGAACAGAUACCCGCGUCUGAGAGAAGAAACCGAAAGAAUCAUCACAACUCAUAUUCGCGAACGUGAACAGAUGUGCAAAGAACAACUCAUCAUGUUGAUCGAUUGCGAAUUGGCCUACAUGAACACCAACCACGAAGAUUUCAUCGGAUUUGCCAACUUGUGGUCCGCUAAAGAAGAAGGUCAUGUUUACCGCGCUCAACAAUCGACAGAAAAUACUAACAAAACCGGCCACAAAUUAGGAAACCAAGUAAUCCGAAAGGGAUACAUGUGUAUUCAUAAUUUGGGUAUCAUGAAAGGUGGAUCUCGCGAUUAUUGGUUCGUACUGACGUCCGAAAGUAUUUCAUGGUACAAGGAUGAAGAAGAACGCGAUAAAAAAUACAUGUUACCCUUAGAUGGUUUGAAAUUGAGAGACGUCGAACAGGGAUUCAUGUCUCGUCGACAUACAUUCGCUUUAUUCAAUCCAGAAGGUAGAAAUGUGUACAAGGAUUACAAACAAUUGGAAUUGAGCUGCGAAAAUCAAGAUGAUGUGGAUUCGUGGAAAGCCUCCUUCCUCAGAGCUGGCGUAUACCCGGAAAAAGCUACCGAUACAUCUAACGGAGAAGAUGAUGCAUACGAGGGUGCUGGAGAAGGUACACAAUCGAUUGAUCCGCAAUUGGAACGCCAAGUAGAAACGAUUCGUAAUUUGGUAGAUUCGUAUAUGAAAAUUGUAACGAAAACUUGCCGUGAUCUCGUACCGAAAACAAUUAUGUUCCUGAUUAUAAAUAAUUCGAAAGGUUUCAUUAACGCCGAAUUGCUAGCUCACCUGUAUGCGUCUGGAGAUCAAUCUUCGAUGAUGGAAGAAAGUCCGGAAGAAGCGAUGAAACGCGAAGAAAUGAUGAGAAUGUAUCACGCGUGCAAAGAAGCUCUGAAAAUCAUCGGAGAUGUAGCUAUGGUGACCGUUACGACGCCGGUACCGCCGCCUGUGAAAAACGAUUGGCUGGCUUCUCAAAUGGAUAAUCCGAGAUUAUCACCGCCAAGUCCAGGCGGCGCUGCUAGAAGGGCUACUCCGCAAGCUGGACCAGGAGCAUCGAUGGCGUCCAGAGCUCCUCCUCCACCUCCCGCAGCCGGUCGUCCGGCUCCGGCUGUACCAAAUCGACCUGCACCCGAUCAGCAACGACAACCACCUAUGCCACCCGGUCGACCUGGUGGUCAAGGACUUCCUCCACCUUUAAUACCUACGCGCCGUUAAUUAACAUCUUUAACGCAUUGUAACACGGGUGAAGUGCUAUUCCUUGCUACUAGCACCAUUAUUUAACAUACUUCAUGUAACGUCGUACCUACAUUUACUUUUAUCGUAGUAAUAUUUACUAGAUUUUGGUGUAUUCUUCGGUAUUUGGUUCAUGAUCCGUCGGAUCGCUAAUAUCCUACGUAUUUAUUAUUGGCUCGAAAAAAGAAAAUUCAGUUUCUCUGUAUUAUGAACCGAAUACGAUGAUGAAUAUUUUUAAAAUAUUAUCUGUGUUAACGAAUCUAGGCGGGUGUUGGAUUUUUUGCCUUGGUUCUAAUAAUCAAACCGUUGGGUCGAUGGUGUUGAAAAUUUAUCGUGCCACGAGGCUCAUUUCUUUCUCGCUCAUUACUUAUGUGUGUUUGUGAAAAUUUUUCGUUGAAAAAAAAAAAAUAUUAAUUUAUAAGCUGUGGACAAGGAAUGGUUUCUCACCCGUCUAUAUUCUGGUUUUAUUUGUAUGUAUCAUUUUGUUGGGUUCUUGUUGUAUAACUAACAAUUCGCCUUUCUUAUUAUAAUUAUUAUUUCCGAAUCAGAGAAACGCCUCAUUCUUAAGAUCAUAAGAUAUAUUGGUAGAUUUUUCUUUUCGUGUUUAUGUUUUUGUAAAUUUUAUCGCGAAGUAGGCUGAAGUGGUUCUUCGUGUUCGUGUGUUGGUUUUAAAAAUAAAGUAACAGCUUUUAGAAUACCUGUAAUAUUUGGGGAAUGCAUUUUUGAAAUGCUCGUGCACUUUGGUAUAAAUCGAACGCUUAAUACGAAGAACCACUGGUACAAUAAAUUGAUGAAAUAUUGCAAAAAUUUAAAUGUCACGCGCACAAUUGGCUUUUGGUACAAAUCCCCUUUAUCGUUUUAAUAUUGCAAAUGUAUUCGUUUUAGUUUUACAAUUUCUGACAAGUAUUUCAACCAUUUUGGAUUAAAAAUUGAAAAAAUGUUUUAAAAAAGGGUAAAUUUUUGUUUUAAAGUACAAAUGUACGAUAUUUGUCAGAAAUUGUAUCCAGCUAUAUGUCCCAUUUAUCUGCAGAGAGAUCUACCAAAGUGAAAUCCGCGCGCAAAGGUCAAAUUUUUGGUUCGUUGUUGCUCAUUUGGGUUCAGAAGUGAGGAUCAAUAGGUUAUUUUAUUCGAAAUGUGAACUUUGAAUGGUUCAAUUUUGAAUAGAAAAAGAGUAAAUUAGUGUCUCAUCUGGCUAAACGGAUUUCACUUUGUUAGUUUGCAAAAAGUAGAUCAGUCUAUGGUCCAGUGGGAAAAAUGUGCUCCGGAAAUCAAAUUUAGUGGGAAUUUUGGCAACCUAAAAAAUUCAGUUGGCUUUUUGUAGUGAUAUGAAUCUAAAAAAAUGUCAGAAAAGACAAAAGUUUGUUGUGUAUUUCGUCAGUUAUGGAUUAGUUUUAGAUCAUCUUCAAUCUUCACACUUCGAGUAUGUUUGUAUUUUUUGUUGGUCUGUUGCUCAAUGAGGCGUUGGUGCCCUGACGGGGGGGGGGGUUUACAAAGACGUCAUCAAGUUGACGAUCAAAAAAUCCAUAUCUGCAUGGAAAAGGUCGUUCCAUGUCCAUUGAAUCGGAAUUCGCGAAAAAUGGCUCACACAAUUUAGCGUGGCGAAUUUCAAAGUCCCCCCCCCCAACCAUUUCAAAGCGGAAAUAAACUGUUAUUGAAUUAUUCAAAAGUGACCUUUCAACCUAUCAAAAUGGGUUAAAAUUUCGCAAGAAAUUCAAAUAUUUUGACGAAACCAGUUUUUGAGCAUUUUUGAAGAAUUCUGAGGCCAAAUUGAAUCAUGACUUUUUUUUCGGAUUUUUGAAAAACUGUCAUGUGACCUAUCAAAAUAGGUUAAAAUUUCGCGAAAAAUCCAAAAAUUCCAACGAAAAUAUUUUUUGAGCAUUUUUGAAAAUUUUUGAGCUUUAGGUACUUAGAAUCAAGAUUUCUGGGAUUUUUGAAAAGGUGUCAUGUGACCUGUCAAAAUGAGUUGAAAUUUCGCGAAAAAUUCAAAUAUUUUGAUGAAAUCAGUUUUUGAAAAUUUUGAAGAUUUUUGAAGAUUUUUGAGCCCAAAAUUGAUUUAUGAUUUUUGGGAUUUUUGAUAAGGUGUCAUGUGACCUAUCAAAAUAGGUUGAAAUUUCACGAAAAAUCCAAAAAUUCACACGAAAACUUUUUUUGAGCAUUUUUGAAAAUUUUUGAGCUUUAGGUACUUAGAAUCAAGAUUUCUGGGAUUUUUGAAAAGGUGUCAUGUGACCUGUCAAAAUAAGUUGGAAUUUCGCGAAAAAUUCAAAUAUUUUGAUGAAAUCAGUUUUUGAAAAUUUUGAAGAUUUAUGAUGAUUUUUGGGAUUUUUGAUAAGGUGUCAUGUGACCUAUCAAAAUAGGUUGAAAUUUCGCAAAAAUCCAAAAAUUCAUACGAAUAUGUUUAUUGAGCAUUUUUGAAGAUUUUUGAGCUCUAGGUACUUAGAAUCACGAUUUCUGGGAUUUUUGAAAAGGUGUCAUGUGACCUGUCAAAAUAGGUUGAAAUUUCGCGAAAAAUUCAAAUAUUUUGAUGAAAUCAGUUUUUGAGAAUUUUUGAAGAUUUUUGAAAAUUUUUGAGCCCAAAAUUGAUUUAUGAUUUUUGGGAUUUUUGAAAGUGUCAUGUGACCUGUCAAAAUAGGUUGAAAUUUCGCAAAAAAUUCAAAAAUUUUGACGAAAAGUUUUUUUGCGCAUUUUGAAGAAUUUUGCCCCCAAAAAUGGGCCACGAUGUUUGAGAUUUUGGAAAAACUGUCAUGAAACCAACCAAAAUGGUUUAAAACUUUACGAGAUAUUCAACAAUUUCUGUUGUUUUUUUUUUUCAAAAAUUUUAACCUUUUUUGAUUAUUGCAUAACACGUUUUUCAAAAAUUAUGAGCUCAAAAUUUUUCAAAAAUGCUCGAAAAACAUUUUCGUCGAAAUAUUCGACAUUUCCAAGAUAUUUUUAUCCAUUUUAAAAAGUCACAUGCAAUUUUUUCAAAAUUCCCCAAAAUUAUGAUCCAAUUUGAGCUUGAAAUUCUUCAAAAAUGCUCAAAAAACGUAUUCGUCAAAAUAUUUGAAUUCCUCGCGAAAUUUUAACCCAUUUUGAUAGGUCACAAGGUUACUUUUGAAUAAUCCUAAAACAUUUCAUUUUUAUUCUAAAUUGGUGGGGGGGGGGGUGAAUUUUUGAAAAU